AUGCAGACCAUCAAGUGCGUGGUUGUUGGUGAUGGAGCUGUUGGUAAAACUUGUCUGCUCAUAUCCUACACGACAAACAAGUUUCCUUCAGAAUAUGUACCGACUGUUUUUGACAAUUAUGCAGUGACCGUUAUGAUUGGCGGAGAGCCAUACACAUUAGGUUUAUUUGAUACAGCAGGUCAGGAAGAUUAUGAUCGCCUUAGACCUUUGAGUUAUCCACAAACUGAUGUGUUUCUUGUUUGUUUCUCCGUGGUUUCGCCAUCUUCAUUUGAAAAUGUCAAAGAAAAAUGGGUUCCAGAGAUAACACAUCACUGUCAAAAAACACCAUUCCUGUUGGUUGGCACACAAAUAGACCUUAGAGAAGAUGCAACGACUGUAGAGAAACUAGCCAAAAAUAAACAAAAAUCAAUAUCAUCUGAACAAGGAGAGAAGCUAGCUAAAGAACUUAAAGCUGUAAAAUAUGUUGAAUGCUCAGCACUUACACAAAAAGGACUAAAAAAUGUAUUUGAUGAAGCUAUUCUUGCAGCUUUAGAGCCUCCUGAACCAGUUAAGAAGAGGAAAUGUGUUAUAUUGUAA